AUGGUCGUUCAUGAUGCGGCAUCCAUUGGUGAGAAUUACAGAAGGAAUAGCCCUUGUCUUUUCAAGGGUCCUGCUUCUGCCUCUCAAGUUACUCGUUGGCUUCCUCCUCCUGCUGGAUUCGCCAAGCUCAAUUUCGAUGGUUCUGUUGUUAACAAUAAGAAAGCAGCUGCUGGUUUUAUUAUUCGGGAUCAUGAUGGUUCUCCCCUUUUUGCUGGUGCGAGAGCUAUUGGUCAUGCUUCUGUCUCCAUUGCUGAAGGAAGUGUUGUUCGUGAUGGUCUUUAUCAUGCCCUCCUCCUUAACUGUCGAAAGCUUUAUGUCAAAGGUGACUCCAAGUUAAUUAUAGACUCUAUCAACAAAAAAUGUGCUCCUCCUUGGCGUUUUCGUACUCUUGUGAAAGACAUCCUGAGUCUGGCUAGCAAUUUCGAAGCUGUUUCCUUCUCUUAUGUUCCCAGGGAAGCCAACUUCGUUGCUGAUGCUGUUACAAAUAUGGGUCAUAGAUCUUCUAUUCCUAUCACUUGGUCCAAAAAGUUGCCGUUCUCAGCUCUGUCUGCUUUUAAUUUUGAUAAGUUUAGUUCUAGUUGUAGUAGGGGUUUUAAGUUAUAA